AUGGCCGAUCAGAAGCCUGCUUCCAAGAAGGGCGCUAAGAAAGCGCUGCCGAAAUCUUCAGCUAAGUCUGGGAAGAAGCGCAGAAGCAGGAGGAAGGAGAGUUACGCCAUUUACAUCUACAAAGUGAUGAAGCAGGUUCACCCCGACACCGGCAUCUCCUCCAAGGCCAUGAGCAUCAUGAACUCGUUCGUGAGCGAUAUUUUCGAGCGCAUCGCUGGCGAGGCUUCCCGCCUAGCCCAUUACAACAAGCGAUCGACCAUCAGCUCCCGGGAGAUCCAGACCGCCGUGCGCCUGUUGCUGCCCGGGGAGCUGGCCAAGCACGCCGUGUCGGAGGGAACAAAGGCCGUGACCAAGUACACCAGCUCCAAGUGAAGAGUGCCGCCAAAACAAACCACAAACCCAAAGGCUCUUUUAAGAGCCACUCACUAUUUCAUUAACAGAGCUGCAUUUCUUUGUCAUAUUCUGCGAAUUCAAUUUUAAUGCCAGAAAGUACCCUCACUAAUAAUUUGUCAAAACUGCAGGCUAACUUCCAUCCAUAGUUUGAUAAAAAGCACUCGGUUGUAACAUGAUGUUCACACAAUGACUGACCAGGGGCAGCAAUUGAGAAUCGAAAUUUGAGUAGAGAUAUCGUUCAAUGAAGUCCCCAGACAGCUCUGCAAUAUUACCUGCACUCA